AUGAAAAGAUAUUUCAGCAGCUGCUCCAGACAGCAGUUUUUGUCGAGAUUCCAAAAACAUGUUGCCAACACAGCGCCAAAAGAACAUGUGGUACGUGAGCUGGUGCGGCCAGUGGGGCUCCGCGAGCCUCCAAGCGGAUCCACCAAAUACCAAGAGGGUAACUCAUUCCGCGAAUUGUUCGACGACGCCAAGACAAACCAGAGGGCGCGCGAGCUGGAGCUGCAGUUUAGCAAGGGUGGGCUGUUCGACGUUUACACCUUCCGUAAGACACAGGGUAAGUUAUUCCUGUCACCACAGUCGUUCUGGCGAAAGGACAGGGCGCUUUACUUUCCACACAUGCACGGACGCAGCUUGAGCGACAGCAAGCCGCAGAACGUGGAGGACCUUAUGCGAGGUAAGAUUUCGGUGGUACGCAUAUUCACGAGUGCCGCUGGGGAUGAGCUGGGCAAGUCGUACUUCCGAGGCGAUGGCAGCGACUAUCUCAAGGAUGAGAGCGCGCUGAACGGGCCGGAGGAUUCCGUGCCGACGCAAAUUGUGGAGCUCAACUUAACUGAGAACUUUUUGAAGGCCGUCUUUGCGAAACUUGCGAUUGGGAAGCUCCGUUCGACGGUUCCUGCAGUGCGCCACAGUCGCUAUUUCAUAGGUGACCGCGACCAACUCCCAUUUGGCCUCCGCGAGGACCUUCAGAUUAACAAUUUAUACACGAGCUACGUGCUGCUGGUGGACCCCGCACUCAAGAUUAGGUGGAUGGGCUGCGGCGGGGCCGACAAGAAGGAAUAUAACCUGCUGUGGCGGUGCGUGCGCGGUCUGAAGAAGGAAGAAUCAGCUGGGAAGAGCCAGCCGGAACCGAGCGCUAACGAGUCGAGUAUCCGUCGUCAGUGA